AUGGCUUCCAUGACGGCGUUUUCAGCGACGGUCGGUUGCUACUUCCCACCGCCAACCUCCACCUCCAUAAAAGCUCCAUCCCUUUUCCGUUGCUCCUCCAGCACUCCAGCCGACGGUGGCUCCGCCUUCUCUAGAAAACGCGAGGCGGCCGGCGGCGGCGGGAGUCGGGAAGCUGUCGUCGCUGGCGCUGCCACCCAGGCACCGGCGGCUUUCGUCCCUUCGCCGUCUGGUGACGCCGACGUGAAGAGCCACACGGCGUGGACUAGCGUCCGGCAGGAGCGGUGGGAAGGCGAGCUGGCUGUCCAAGGACAAAUCCCUCUCUGGCUGAGUGGGACGUACCUGAGGAACGGGCCAGGGUUAUGGCACCUAGGCGACUACAACUUCCGCCACCUCUUCGACGGCUACGCCACCCUCGUCAAGCUCCACUUCCGCGACGGCCGCCUCGUCUUCGGCCACCGCCAGAUCGAGUCGGAGGCCUACAAGGCCGCCACGAAGAACAACAAGCUCUGCUACCGCGAGUUCUCCGAGGUCCCCAGGACGGACAGCUUCCUGUCCUACAUCGGGGACCUCGCCAACCUCCUGUCGGGGGCCUCCCUCACCGACAACGCCAACACGGGCGUCGUCAAGCUGGGCGACGGCCGCGUGGUCUGCCUGACGGAGACCCAGAAGGGGUCCAUCGUGGUGGACCCCGACACCCUCGACACGUUGGGGAAGUUCGAGUACACGGACUCCCUGGGCGGGCUGAUCCACUCGGCCCACCCGAUCGUGACCGAGUCCGAGUUCCUGACCCUCCUACCCGACCUGAUCCGACCGGGCUACCUCGUGGUCCGGAUGGAACCGGGGACCAACGAGCGGAAAGUGGUCGGUCGGGUGGACUGUCGAGGCGGGCCCGCCCCCGGGUGGGUCCACUCGUUCCCCGUGACCGAGCACUACGUGGUGGUCCCCGAGAUGCCGCUGAGGUACUGCGCGGGGAACCUGCUCAAGGCCGAACCGACCCCACUCUACAAGUUCGAGUGGCACCCGGAGUCGAGCGCGUACAUGCACGUCAUGUGCAAGGCGAGUGGCAAGAUUGUCGCCAGCGUGGAGGUACCACUUUUUGUGACGUUCCACUUCAUCAAUGCGUACGAGGAGAAGGACGAGGACGGGCGCGUGACGGACGUGAUCGUCGAUUGUUGCGAGCAUCAGGCUGACACGACUAUUUUGGAGAAGCUGAGGCUGCAGAAUCUGCGGUCUUUUACGGGCGUGGAUGUGCUUCCAGACGCUAGGGUGGGGAGGUUCAGGAUUCCGUUAGAUGGGAGUCCGAAUGGGGAGUUGGAUGCAGCGUUGGACCCCAAUGAGCACGGGAGAGGGAUGGACAUGUGCAGCAUCAACCCUGCUUUCUUGGGCAAGAAGUAUAGAUAUGCUUAUGCUUGUGGGGCCGAACGCCCGUGCAAUUUCCCCAACACACUCACCAAGAUUGAUUUGAUGGAUAAGAAGGCUAAGAACUGGCACGACGAGGGCACCAUUCCGUCAGAGCCGUUCUUCGUGGCCCGACCAGGUGCAACAGAGGAAGAUGAUGGGGUUGUGAUAUCGAUGGUGAGCGAGGCAGAUGGAGGAGGUUACGCGGUGUUGUUGGACGGUUCCACAUUCGAAGAGAUUGCAAGAGCAAGAUUCCCUUACGGUCUUCCCUACGGCCUCCAUGGAGCCUGGGUCCCUAGCUCCAGUUAAACGUAAAGCUGUAAGAGAGAGCUUUUGCAACGACCACCUCUAUCGGUUCCCAAAAGCUGUAAAAUGGUCGGCAAAGUUCUUUGGCCACCAUUUUGUUGAGUUUGUGACCAAUAGCUCUGGUCACGAGAAGCUCAUUAUCCAUAUAGCUGGAUGAAAAAAAAAAAAAAAAAAAAGAAGUUAGUGUUAUAGACCAUAAUACAUAAUUUGGGAUACUAGUGUAAGUGGGAAGGAACUUGUGCAAAAUUAGAUCUGCAUAAUCUAUAAAAUCUUGUAUCUUACUGUUCCUAAUUCGUGUUAGUGAUGUU